AUGCCCCCGCCAAAGCUGCUCAUAGCCAACCGCGGCGAGAUCGCCCUCCGCAUCAUCCGUUCCGCCAUAGCGCUGUCCAUACCUACCAUCGCCAUCUUCACCCAAGCAGACGCUGCUUCGCCUCAUGUGUUGGCGGCUGAUGAAGCUUACCCUGUUGGGGGAGAGAACGGGGAUGGGAGUGACCCGAAGGGAUAUUUGGAUAUUGGUGCGAUAGUGGGAUUGGUCAAGAAGAGUGGGGCGACGAUGGUAGCACCGGGCUAUGGUUUCUUGUCUGAGAAUGCCGCAUUUGCGGAGGCAAUCGAGGCUAUAGGCGUCACCUUCCUUGGCCCUACGCCAUACCAAAUGACCUCUAUGGGUCUCAAGCACGAAGCACGCGCUGUUGCAAAGAAGGCUGGUGUACCCAUCGUCCCCGGUUCGGAAGGCGCCGUGGCCUCGUUGGAAGACGCUGUUCAAGUCGCGGGGGGUAUUGGGUAUCCCGUACUCGUGAAAGCUAGUGGUGGUGGUGGUGGGAUGGGGAUGCAAGUUUGUCGAUCCGAGCAAGAACUCGUAGCCAACUUUGAAUCCACCCGCGCAAAAGGCGCCGCCCUCUUCAAAGAACCCACAGUCUUUCUCGAAAAGUUCAUCACCCGCGCCCGACAUGUCGAAGUCCAAAUCUUCGGCAACGGCCAAGGCCACGUCGUGCACAUGGGCGAGCGCGAAUGCAGCGUCCAGAGACGACAUCAAAAAGUCAUUGAAGAGGCGCCUUGUGUGUUGUUUUCCUCCGAGAUGGGGAAGGGGGUGAGGAAGAGGAUGUGUGAGGCGGCGGUCAAGCUUGGGGAGCUUAUGAAGUAUCGGUCGGCGGGGACGGUCGAGUUUGUGUUGGACGUCGACUCGCCUACUUAUGAGUUUUACUUUCUCGAGCUUAAUGCUCGUAUCCAAGUCGAACACGCCAUAACAGAGGUCACCCAUCCAGGCCUCGACCUUGUAGCGCUCAUGAUCCGCCAAGGCCUGUCCCCAUCCAAAUCCCUCCCUCCCUCCGACCUCGUCCAAGAAGACUACCUUCCCUUUGACGGACACGCGAUAGAAGUGAGGGUCUACUGCGAGAAUCCGAAAGCGGGUUUCAAGCCUUGCCCGGGUCAAUUGCAUGAGGUCUUGUGGGGCUCGGUCGGGAAGAGAGGUCGGAUCGAUACUUGGGUCAAGACAGGAACGACAGUGACUCCGCAUUACGACCCGAUGAUUGCCAAAGUGGUCGUACACGGCGAAACGAGGGAUGAAGCUAUCGCCAACAUGCUCACCGCACUCGACGACUCGCGCAUCAUCGGGCCGACUACGAACCUGGACUACUGCAAAAUCAUCAUGUCCACCCCUGAAUUCGAAGCUGGCGAGAUACACACCACUUUCCUCGACUCGUUCGUCUAUGCCCCACCGGCUAUUGAAGUCCUCUCUGCUGGCCUUUCCACCACCGUCCAGGACCUUCCGGGGCGAUUUGUCGGUAAGGGGAUUCCUCGAGGUGGGGCUGCUGACGGUCUGGCAUUGUCGGUGGCCAACUUGCUUGUCGGCAAUGGCACAGGGGUGGAGGGGUUGGAGAUGACUAUGAUGGGCGCAAAGCUGUUAUUCCAUGUGGAUAGCGUGGUAGCUGUAACGGGUUGUCAGAUGCCGCUCGCUAUAGACGGCCAGAAAGCAGAGAUGUGGUCUAGCCUCCCUAUCAGAGCUGGCCAAACCCUCCGUAUCGGAUCUGCCUCAAGCAAAGGUCUGAGGAGUUAUCUCGCUGUGCGCGGAGGAUUGCUCAACGUCUCCACCUUCGAAGGCUCCAAAUCCACCUUCACCGGCGCCGCUCUAGGCGGUUAUCAAGGCCGCGCCCUCAUCCCCGGCGAUCUCCUCACCAUCACCCCUUCCUCCCUCUCCUCCUUCACCCCGUCCUCUUGGCCCUCCGUACCGGCCUACGGCAACACCUGGCAGAUCGACGUCUGCCCAGGCCCUCAGUGGGAUGAGGAAUACUUGUCUGAGGAGGGGAUGAAGACGUUGUUGGAAGGGAAGGCGGGUGGGGGUGGGUGGAAAGUGAGCCCGGCGUCGAAUCGGUCUGGGUUGAGGUUGGAGGGGCCGAGAGUGAAAUGGGCGAGGACUGAUGGGGGAGAGGGUGGGAGUCAUCCGAGUAAUGUUGUCGAUCAAGGAUAUCCGUUCGCGGCGCUCAACAUGAAUGGUGACACUCCGGUGUUGUUUGGAGUGGACGCACCGGAUAUGGGCGGGUUCUCUUGUGUCCUUACGGUGGCGACGCAUGAUCUGUGGAAACUCGGUCAAAUUCGUCCAGGCGACAGUAUCUCAUUCAACCUCAUCCCCACUUCAUUCGUCCCCAAACUACUCACCACCCUCGAGUCCUGGCUCUCUUCGCCUUCCUCUCCUUCCCCCUCUGCUUCUUCCUCUACAAAAUCAUCGGAGCUGUUAAAGACCAACGUCCUCCACCGCUCCCAGAAACAAGGGAAAAUGGACACCAUCUUCCGCUCUUCCGGCGACCGCUUCAUCACCUACGAAAUCGGCCCCAUGGCCCUCGACCUCCCCAACCGCGUCCUCAUCGAACUCUGGGAACGUUCCAUCCGCUCCCUCUCUCUCCCUGGCAUCAUCUCGUUUUCGACUUGUAUCCGAUCUUGUAUCGUCCACUUUGACCCCACCCAGAUCUCGCAAGAGGCACUGUUGAAAGUGAUGGUGGAAGAGGAUGGGAAGUUGGGAGGAGCGGAGGGGGAGGAGAUUGAGACGAGGGUGUGGAAGUUUCCGGCGGUUGUGGAUGAUAAGUGGUGUAAGGAGGCGGUGGAGUACUAUAUGAAGACGGCUAGGAAGGAGGCUGUCUACUUGCCCAGUAACGCCGACUAUCUCGCCAAGAACAACGGUCUCGGGCAAGAUGCAGUGUACGAUAUGAUCACCAAAACCCCAUGGCUCGUUCUCGCCCAAGGAUUCUUCGUCAUGCUUCCGUUCAUGAUCCCACUGGACCCGAGGUUGAGGUUGGUAGGCCAAAAAUACAACCCAUCGCGUACAAAGACACCGGAAGGCGCUAUUGGUCUUGCAGGUGUCAUCGGCGCGAUCUACCCGAUAGCGUCUGCAGGCGGUUAUCAGCUCCUCGGCCGUACGCUCACCCCCUGGAACGCCUGGGCCAAGGAAGAUGAAGGCGAAUCAAAGACGCUCUUGAGCAACUUUGAUCAGAUUGAGUUUUACCCCGUCAAAGAGGCCGAGUUUAUCAAGAUCGAACAAGCCUACAAAGCCGGUUCCUUCAAACCCACCUCCUCCCAAAAAGUAUUCAAAGUCGCCGAAUACCUCGCUUUUGUAGCGUCCCACGCCAAGGAGGUUGAAGAGUUCAAGAAGGGACAGAAAGAAGCUAGUGAAGCUCUUGGUAAACAAGAGGAAGAGAUGUUCUCAGCAUUCCAAGCCGACUCUGAAAAAACCUCCGCCUCCGCCACUUCCACUUCCACAUCUUCCACCUCUGAUACUGGAGCCCCCGGCGGAGGAGGCCUGCCCAUCGUCUCACCCCUCGCAGCGACAGUAUGGAAGAUCCUCCUCAACCCCGGCGAUGUGAUUGAAGAUGAAGAGCAGAAUGUCGUCGAGCUGGAAGCUAUGAAGACGUCGGUCUUCGUACCUGCUGGGGAGGAGGUGGUGGGGAGGAAGGUGAAGAGUGUGGUGGUGAAGGAGGGGGAGGGGGUGAAUCCUGGGGAUGUACUUGUAACAGUGGAGUGA